UUUCUCUAAACAGGGUGUCUUUCUGGAAAAGGUUGGCAUUUGCCACAGGUAUAGGGCCUGGAGGGUCCUAAUCAAUGGAAUCCCACCAAUGAAUGAUUCACGGCUAAUUAUCAAGGAUCUGAUUUUCGAUGAAGUGCCAGUGAGGGUGUACUAUCCAAAAACUUCACCUGCUGGGAACAGAAGGGGAGUGCUGUAUCUUCAUGGAGGAAUUGGCUUGAUGGGGAGUUUCCAAGCGUAUGAAAGGAUGAGUCGCUUCAUUUCACGAGAAAGUGAUUCUGUGGUUGUGACGAUUGGAUACCGUUUAGCCCCAGAACAUCCAUACCCAGGCCCUUAUUUGGACUGCCGCACUGCUGCAAUACACUUUUUGAAGAACGCAAAAGAAUAUGGAGUCGACCCCAAUCGUAUCAUCGUUUGUGGGGAUAGUAGCGGAGGCACCUUAGCUGCUGCACUUUGUCAAGAACUGGCAUCAAGGACGGAUCUCCCAAGGCUGCGUGCCCAGAUCUUGCUGCACCCAUUCCUCCAGGCAGUGGACUUUAGUUUGCCUUCUUACCAGCAAAACCAUUCAGUUCCUAUCCUGUUCAAGAAACUGGCUAUUAAACAUGGCUUCUUUUAUCUCACUGGGAAAUAUGUCAACCUGGAUAAAAUUAUGAAGAAUGCCCACGUUCCUGUGGAUUUAUGGGUGAAGUACAGAAAAUGGAUCAGCGCAGACCUUAUUCCAGAAGAAUUUAAGGUCAGGGGCUACGUGCCACUGGUCCCUGAUCCAUUUUCAGAAAACCUUUAUGAAAUUGGCAAGCAAGCCUUUGAGCCCAUAUUUUCCCCACUUUUAGCAGAAGAUACAGUCAUCUGCCAGCUCCCUGAAAUGUUCCUUGUAACCUGCGAAUACGAUGUUCUCAGGGAUGAUGGACUGUUGUACAAGAAACGCCUGGAAGACAAUGGUGUGGCAGUGACAUGGCAUCAUGUAAAGGAUGGAUUCCAUGGAAUAUCAUUUGGAAUCGAUAACAGAUUAUUUGAAUUUCCAAGUACACGGGACAUUUUUCAACGUUUAAUGGACUUCUUAAAAGAUUUAUAGAACUAUAUAAUCCAUGUUAUUCUGUGCUACUGUUGGGAGGAAAUGGUGGGUGGAAAUAAUACAAUGAGACACAGAUAUGGGAUUUAAAUUUGGGCCACCUUCAUUGAAAGAUCUGUGAAGGGGGAAGAACCGAAGCUGACA